AUGUAUCUUGGAUGGGCCAAAAGACAAGGCCGUGAAGGAAGGAUUGUUGACAGAUGUCAGAUCGAGAAUGAAGGAAUUGAUUCAGAAACUAUAGAGUUUGAAUUUGAAUAUGCUUAUGGCUAUCUUUUAGGGGAAAAAGGAGUUCACCAUUUGAUAAAGGGUUCUCCAAAUGAAUCUUCUCAUCUUGAGACUAGCUCAGCAACUGUCGAUGUUAUUCCGUUGUUCCUAGAGAAUGCUUGUGAUUUUGAGAUUGAUUCAGUGGAUUUGAUUAUCUCAUCUCCCUCGACUCAUGGAAAACGGAAAAAACAAAUUGAGUGUAAUGUUUGCAUUCAGCGUGUACCUACUAAAUGA